ACGAUUUGUUCUUUUACUUUUCAAUCCUCUUCAAAACCCUUUUCCUUCCCAAAAACCCCCUCUCACUACAGAACGAAUCGCUGCUCGAGGUACAACAUUUUAUUCUCAUUUUGCUCAGUCACUCCCUCCAUUCCCCAUUCCUAUCAUCCAAUCCAUUCACUGAUUCAAACGUUUUUUUGACCUUCAUUUUACUCUUUCUUACUCUAGGGUUUCUUUUCCACCUCCAUUUUCGUCAUCUAUUUUCCCUUUCUUCAUCGCUCGAUUUCAUCUUUUUUUCGCUUUAGGGUUUUCAGUAGAGCGGGAGGAGUUUGGAGCACCGAUUCGUGAAUGGAGGCCUCGGCAGCGGCUGGUGUCGCCGCCGCACGCGGCGUUUCUCUUCCUGUCUCCUCCUCGUCGGCUCAGGCUUCUCGCAAAGAGUGGCGUGCUGUCUCCGAGCAAUCGCUUCGAAAUUCCAGUAGCGAGGAAACGGGCCAUUCUAGAUUAGGUCAAUCUGAUGAGAGACUGAUAUAUGAGCAAGGGAGAGAGCCGAUUGACGUGGACUUCUGUUCAAUUACUAUUGAUGGAAGUUCGGGCAAUGAUAUUCUUCAGAGACUACAUACUGUGGUAAAAGAAAAAGAAGAGUUGCAGCAACUUGAGAUUGAACUACGGGCUCAGCUCAUUGCAAGAUCAGAGAUUAUGGAAAUACGGAAUAGUUUUGAUGCUCAGAUGAAAGAGCACGCCAAUACCAAUGCUAAGUUUCAGGAGCAAAUACAUGAAAGGGACCAGAAGAUUUAUGAGUUGGAGAGGAGGAUGGAAGAGAAAGAAAGGGAACUGCAUGCAAUCAGACUGGACAAUGAAGCGGCAUGGGCAAAAGAGGAUCUCCUUAGAGAACAAAGUAAAGAACUACAAACUUACAGGAGAGAGAGGGAUAGCACUGAAGCCGAAAGGGCUCAGCAUAUUAAACAAAUUCAUGAACUCCAAGAGCAUUUUCAAGAGAAGGAGCGCCAGUUCAUGGAAUUGCAGGAACAGAAUAGGAUAGCUCAGGAAACAAUCCUUUUCAAAGAUGAACAAAUAAGGGAGGCCCAGGCUUGGAUUACUCGUGUUCAAGAAGUCGAUGCCUUGCAGCAAGCUGAAUUACGGGAGCGCACAGAGCAAUAUAACCAGCUUUGGCUUGGCUGUCAAAGACAGUUUGGUGAGAUGGAGCGCAUGCAUAUGCACAUGCAGCAGCUCCAACUUGAAUUGGCUGAGGCAAGAGGUGGAACUUACUCUGAUGGUUCACAAGUCUCCAAACUGAAUUCUAAAGAUGCUAGUCAUCUUGGGCAGAGCAACGGUAGCCAACUUAAUGCUAGUGGAAGCAGUACACCUGGUGAAAAUACGAUAGGCCUGCAAAAUGGAAAUGUUGAAAAUGGACCAUCUUUUACUUCAACUGGGAAUGUGUCAACUCAGUCGGAUCAAGUCCAUGGUAUGGCAGUUGCUCCUACGUCCUUGCUUGGGAUGACAACCUACCUCCCACCAGGACAGAUUACCGCUCUGCAUCCAUACGUAAUGCAUCAACAGGGGAUUCCUCCUUUACCAUCACAUGUUCCUCAAUCUCAUGUUGGGCAUUUUCACUCAGUUCCGGCAGUGUCAUCUCUUCAGCAUUGGCCAAACCAACAGGCUGUACCAGAGGGUUCACAGAUCUCUAGUCACAAUCAGUACUCGUUGCAACCUCAAUCAACCUUGCCAGGAUCAGAUUCUCAGUAUGAUCACGAAGCAACUGUCAAUGGGCAAACUCUUCGUUCUGAUUACGGAGAUGGCAAUAUGAACCAAGGAAGUGAAACUCAGGAUCCAGUGGUUCCAGCUUCGAGUGAAGAGGAACAGGAACUUCAGUCUGUGGAUAAGAAUUACCUCUCCAGCAUCCAGACUCAGCAGACUCUACAUCAGAUUUCUUCACAAUUCAAUGGUGCUUUAACAUUGGAUUCUCAUGAACAUGACAAUGAGACAGAGGUGAAGAAUGUCAACUCUUCAGCUAAUUACAUGUUAGAGUCUCAAGGUUUAAGAAUGGGGGAAUUUAGUCCAAACAUCGAUAAAUCAUCAGCCGAAAUUCCAUAUACUGCAAAUAAUUCAACUGAAUCAGUGACGGAUACCAUGUCAGGCGCUGUAUUAACUGAAACAUAUGUUGCUGGGGGACAGAAGAAUGCAUACGCUGUUGUUAGACCAGGAGAGGUUAAUCUCCUGGAUGAAAAAGCAUUGCUGGCUUGCAUAGUCCGCACUAUUCCACCUGGUUCUGGCGGUAGAAUCAGGAUUAGUUCUACGCUUCCUAAUAGACUUGGUAAAAUGCUUGCCCCAUUGCACUGGCAUGACUACAAAAAGAAGUAUGGGAAACUUGAUGAAUUUGUUGCAAACCAUCCUGAAUUAUUUGUAAUUGAUGGAGACUUCAUUCAACUUCGAGAAGGUGCUCAAGAAAUUAUAGCAGCCACAGCGGCUGCUGCUAAAGUGGCUGCUGCAGCUGCAGCACCAUCGUCAUACUCCUCUCUUUUGCCUCCUAUUGCUGUCACCCCUAUGCCACAAAAUCACCGUUUGAAGAGGAUACCAUCAGUUGAACAAGCAUCUGAGAAGGCGAUUUUCAAAGACUAUGCUGUCAUCAGACCAGCAAAUCCUAAUGACAACCUUCAAAGUCAGAUUUCUAAUGGUGCCUCUUUCAACUCUACUGGAGGCAUCUCAAAUGUUAAAAUUUUGACAAAGCCUAGAGACCAGAUGGAGCUAAACGCAUCUGAAUCGAGAGCUGCCUCAUCUGUACGAUUGACCAGCGGGAAUGGAACUAAUGCUGACAAAAAUGACAUGGGUAGCUCACAAAACAAGGUUUCAUCUCAUGGGAGGCCUGGUGUAAAUUUAGUCAGUAAACAGGGCAGGAAUGUUGGGAUUUCAUCAGGCUCUAGAAGAUAAAUAUUGGAUGCUGAUGAGUAUGGCUGGACAGAUAUUGGAUGCUGAUGGGUGUGACGGACAGAUAUUGGAUGCUGAUGGGUGUGGCAGGACAGAUAUUAGAUGCUGAUGGGUAUGGCUGAUCAUUUAAAUUUGAAAUUAUUCAAAGGGAUAAUUUUAUUUAGUUUCAAAUUGGAAUACACUGUAAUGUUUCCUUUCACAUCUAAGUGGAAACAAUUGUUCAUCUAAGUAUACAUCCUCGGUUUUGCUGGAAA